GUUUAUCAGUAUCCAGUUCUGACAGUGGGAAGAAGGCAGAUUUGGGAGACAUUGUUGUAGACUCAGACACUGAAGGUCUGGACGAAUUCCUUAAUGACACAGACACCACUCCCUCAGCUGAAACAGUAACACAAUCCACAGAUAAAACUGAGGAGACAAUCAGUGAUGAUGAAGAUCCAGUUGUAGUGAGGAGUACUGAUGAGGUGGAUAUUGAGGAUGAGUACUAUGAAGAUGACCUUGGGGCCUCCCACGGGGACCAGGAACAAUAUGUAGAUUCUGAGGACAUGACAGGGGAAAGUGAUGUAGAAAAAGUUAUACCAGGGAAACCAGAGAGUGAAAGUUAACUUUUAAAAGCAUUGAAAUUGAAGAAAAAG